AUGAGCACCUAUUCCGACGACCCACCAUUAUCAACAGACUCGGCACACAACUAUGUCACUCGUGGCAGUAUCAACCACCCAAGCAUCGAUCGCGAUUCCGAUUUCUCCUUCAUUUCAGACUUGCGACAUGAAAACAGCUCAACCUUUGCCGGCUAUCAACCUCCACGUCCUCUAUCGCAACCUUGCCUUGGUUCAACAUCACCAUUGUCAGUAGGCAAUGAACGUGCCAUCAAGUCAUUUGAGUUACCCACUGUCAUGCGAAAGAAAGUACCUGACGACGAAGACAACGACGACGACAACAACAACAACGGCAGCAGUAGUCAAGUGAGCGGCAUGAUCAGCCCUUUCACGUUACCAAGAAUGGAUGCAUCCACUUCAUUUUCAAUGGACAGUCGCGACAGCACCAGCACCCACUCUCGAAGUCAUAGUAGCAGUAUCAUGAAUCCUCGUGAAUACCCUUCAGAAACACGCCUACGCAUCGAACGAUCGCUAUCCAAUAUCAGAUCCAUGAGCCGCUCAUCUUCAAGACAACAUCACAGACAACACAGUGAAUCACGUGAUCGAAAAAGUAAACAUGGAAAGGAAAAGAGGGAUGAACGAUUCAAAUCACUGACGACAUCGUUCGAUACACGUCUCAAGGCUAUCGAGGAAACAAUGCGUCAGGUGAAUGAUGAUUUGAAUACAACAAAAACAGCGCUGGAGGCAUCAAAGAUUGUGGAUCAAGGUGUACAAACAAGCAUCGAAGGCGCUCAAAUGAUCAGCGAUUUGGAUGCAAAGCAAGAAAGGAUGAUAGCUUUGGAGGCAAAAUUGGGUUUUCAAGAUGUCGAUGAUCUCAAAGAUACCAUCCAGGAGCUCAACUUGCAGUUAAAAAGACUGGAGCCCAUUGAGCAUUUGAUGCAAGAUAUGCAAUUUGAGGAUCCAAACGAAUUCAAAGAUACCAUUGAAAGUUGGAGUGGCAAUGUCAGCAAACUUGAAGCGAAGGCGCGUAGGAUUGAAUCGAUUGAGAGCAUCAUGGCCGAUCUCGGAUUCAAGGAACCGAACGAGCUAAAAUCAGCUGUGGAAGAAUGGGCUGUCGCAGUACCCGAGUUACAAGACAAAGCAUGCCAUUUGGAGUCUAUCGAGGAAACGUUAGCUGAAUUCGGGAUCAAGGAUGCUCAAGAGCUGAAAACAAUGCUAAGUGGAUGGGACAGUGAUGCAAAAAGGCAAUUGGAGCUCAAGACACGGCAACUGGAACCCAUGGAGCAAAUGAUGGACGAGCUCGGGUUUCAUGAUCCUGAAGUAUUGAAAGAGGAAUUUGAGGAGCUGUUGCAAAGAAACAAGAAACUUGAAUCCCGUUUACGGCAUCUUGAAUCAAUCGAGGUGAUGAUGGCCGAUAUGGGAUUUGAAGAUGCAGUGGAUCUUCAAAGUGCUGUACAUGAGUGGAAAAAGGAAGCAAAAAUCCAAGAAUCCAAAAUGCAAAGGAUAGAUGCAAUGGAGCAAGCCAUGGAAGACCUAGGGAUUACCGAUGCAAAUGAUUUGAAUGAGUCUAUCGAGGAGAUCAGGACGACAGCCAGGAGAUGGGAGGCAAAGGCAAAUAAGCUCGCCCCGCUCGAGGAUGCAAUGAUUCAAUUGGGAUUUGCGGAUGCCGAUGAACUCCAACAAAGAGUAGAGGAGCAACACUCGACGAUUAGUAUGCUUCGACAAAAAUGCCAAAGGUUAAAUGUUCUGGAGCAAGUCAUGGCAGAUUUGGAUAUGGAAGACGCUCAUGAUUUGGAAGCAUCAGUCAAAGAAUCCAAAGCAUGUAUCAAGAAGCUUGAAUCGAGGAUACGGACAUUCGCACCGGUGGAGGAAUUGAUCAACGAUCUAGGCAUUGGUGAUAUUGAAGAAUUCAGGGACACCGUGGUACAUUGGAAAAUGAAUGCCGAGGAGAUCGAAUCAAAAAUGGAGGAUAUCAAAGUGAUAGAGAGCAUGGUUUCCGAUCUUGACUUUAAAGAUGUGAGCGAGCUCCAGAAGACUGUGCAGGACUGGAAUGUCAAUGUUCGAAAGCUUGAAUUGAAAGCUCGUCAUUUGGAUGCCUUGGAGCAAUUGAUGGAAGAGUUUGGCUAUGAUAACGUUGAUGAGUUUGUGCAAGCGAUACAAGAAUGGAGGAGUCGAGCCAGGUUCUUUACCCAGGUGCAGAGCUUUGUGGAUCGAGUGAAUGAAAUCACGUGGGAUACACCCUUCGUAUCACUCCUCAGUGUAUGUCGACAUCACAAGGACCUUAUUGCCAUGAUGCGAGAAUCCUCUGAUAAGGUAUGCGAGCCCCAUCGUACGCAAUUUGAAAAGGCUUUACUCGAGUCGGAACGUGACAAGAUCCGUGCCCAUGAAAGCACACCCUAUUCAGCGGAGCAUUUGAACGCCACGUUUGAGAGGCUCGUGCGAUGGUCUCAUACAAUCCGCCACGUUACCUAUUAG